AUGGCUGCCGCUGGCCGGGAAGGGGAGUGUUGGCCACAGCCGGCGGCAGCCCUAGAAAAGUCAAUCUCACUUUCGACUCUGCGAAGGAAGUCAAAGAAGUGUUUGGUGUAUCCGCACCCUCCGAAGAGCUCGCGCCUGCCCCGAUGCAUCCUGCGCUGGCUUCAGAGCCUAGAUCUCAGUUUCUUUCCCAGGAACAUCAGCAGGGAUUUUUCAAAUGGCUUCCUGAUUGCAGAAAUAUUCUGUAUAUAUUACCCCUGGGAUCUUAAAAUAACAUCCUUCGAAAAUGGAUGCUCUUUAAAAGUCAAGUUGGAUAAUUGGGCACAGAUCGAAAAGUUUAUGGCAAAAAAGAAACUUAAGUUACCUGCAGAACUAAUCCAUGGGACAAUUCAUUGUAAAGCUGGAGUACCUGAAAUAUUGAUACAAGAGGUUUACACUUUAUUAACACAUCGAGAAGUGAAAAGUAUACAGGAAGACUAUGUGAAUUUCACAGACUACAGCUACCAGAUGAACCUACCUCUGGUUCCAAGGUCUACAGUUUCCCGGUCUAUUAAGGAUAACAUUAGGCUAACUGAAUUAUUAAGCCACCCCAAUAUGCUCAACAAUGAGCUGAAAGUAGAGUUCCUCUUCCUUUUACAAAUGUUGCAAAGAAAAUUAACCAGACAGUUGAAUCCAGCAUGGUUUGAAGUGAAACCAACAGUGGGAGAAAUUACCCUUGAUCAUCUUCCGGCCCCGAUCCCUGGGCACAGAUCUCAUCCAAGGGUUCUGAAGGAAAGAGCUACUCCUGUUUUAUAUAAUGCUGGUGGUCCACGUAAGGAAAUUCAGGUGAAGCAAUCGGGAACGCAUUCGUGUACUUCUCUUAAGAAGCCUGUCAUAAACAUGGAAAAGGAACUUUGA